AUGGAUCCACGGAAAAUCAGCGAGCUGAAGGCGUUCGUGGAAACAUGCCAGUCCAACCCUGAGGUCCUGCACCUUCCCGAGAUGAGCUUCUUCCGGACCUGGGUGCAGAGCAUGGGUGCCAAAAUACCUCCACCAAAGAUGAGAGACUCCUGCAAGGGAGGUUGCCCGUGUGGUCCGCCUCCUGCAGCUGCUGGAGCGGCUGCUCAUGAACCAGAGUCACUCACAGAGUCUGAGAGCGAGGAGAGCGACAUAGAAAUUGACAAUGAUGGAGUUAUUGAACCUGACACUGACCUGCCGCAGGACAUGCAGGACAUGGACGAUGUAGAGGUGACAGAUGAAAUGAUGGACCAGGCAAAUGAAAAGAAGAUGGAGGCCAUUAAUGCACUGGGAGAUGGUGACCUACAGAAGGCUUUGGAUCUUUUCACUGAGGCAAUCCAGUUGAACCCUUGUGUUGCCAUCAUGUACGCCAAGAGAGCAAGUGUGUAUAUCAAGAUGCAGAAACCCAAUGCAGCCAUAAGGGACUGUGACAGAGCAAUCAAAAUCAACCCAGACUCUGCACAACCGUACAAGUGGAGAGGAAAGGCUCAUAGGCUUCUUGGUCACUGGGAAGAGGCGGCUAAAGAUUUGGCCACAGCUUGCAAAUUGGACUACGAUGAAGAUGCCAGUGCAUUGUUAAAGGAGGUCCAGCCCAAGGCUCAUAAAAUAAUGGAGCACAGACGCAAGUAUGAACGGAAAAGGGAGGAGAAAGAGAUUAAGGAGAAGACAGAGCGGAUAAAGAAGGCACGAGAGGAACAGGCGAAGGCUCAAAGGGAGGAAGAAUCCAGACCGUUUGGAGGUGGAUACUUCCCAGGUGGUCCAGGUGGAUUUCCAGGUGGCGCUCCAGGUGGUAUGCCGGGUUUUGCCGAUCUCUUUCAAGACCCCGAACUCCUCAGUGCAAUGAAGGAUCCAGAGGUAAUGGCGGCUUUCCAAGAUGUCUCUGCAAAUCCAGCUAACAUUGCCAAGUAUCAGAACAAUCCUAAAAUCAUGGCUCUUGUCACCAAACUGAGUGCAAAAUUUGGUGCAUCACCACAACCCUAA